CCCCAGCCCCUGCCUCACAGCCCCAGAGCCCUGCCUCUGCCCCACUCCAGCAAGUUCAAGUGCUGUGGUCCGCCAGAACUAGGAGUUUGGGACCACCAGGUGACUGGGAGCAGAGGCAGACUUGCUGCCCCCCUCGACCUCUUGUCUGCUUGGGUCCCGAACAACAGCUUGGGCCAUGGGUGAGGGCAAGUCUCGGAUUGAAUGCCCUGUCCAGUCUAGGAGUCUCUCAGCUACCCUGUUCCACCCCCACCCCCCCAUCUGCGCAGGCCCCAGCCGUGGAGCCCUGUGGUGUAUGUGUGGUAACACCAUGUCUGUGCCCCUGCUCACUGACGCUGCCACUGUGUCUGGAGCUGAGCGGGAAACGGCUGCGGUUAUUUUCUUACAUGGACUCGGAGACACUGGGCACAGCUGGGCUGACGCCCUCUCUUCCAUCCGGCUUCCUCACGUCAAGUACAUCUGUCCCCAUGCGCCUCGGAUCCCUGUGACACUCAACAUGAAGAUGGUCAUGCCCUCCUGGUUCGACCUGAUGGGGCUGAGCCCGGAUGCCCCUGAGGACGAGGCUGGCAUCAAGAAGGCAGCAGAGAACAUCAAGGCCCUGAUUGAGCACGAAGUGAAGAACGGGAUCCCUGCCAACCGCAUCGUCCUGGGAGGCUUCUCACAGGGUGGGGCUCUGUCCCUCUACACCGCCCUCACCUGCCCCCACCCUCUGGCCGGCAUCGUGGCGCUGAGCUGUUGGCUGCCGCUGCACCGGGCCUUCCCCCAGGCAGCCAAUGGCAGCGCCAAGGACCUGGCCAUCCUUCAGUGCCACGGGGAGCUGGACCCCAUGGUGCCUGUCCGGUUUGGGGCCCUGACGGCUGAAAAGCUCCGCGCCGUUGUCACACCUGCCAGGGUCCAGUUCAAGACAUACCCGGGAGUCAUGCACAGCUCCUGCCCGCAGGAGAUGGCCGCUGUGAAGGAAUUUCUGGAGAAGCUGCUGCCUCCCAUCUAACAGGUGUUGGACCCCAGCUUGAGAGGGACCCAGCACACUCGGCACCAUCUCAGAUCUGAGCCGGUGGAGCCCCCACUCCCACUUCCUCCACCUGUCCUCUCCCACAGGCCUUGGGGCCAACAGGCCAAGGCCUGCCCAGCUUGCCCUUAAUCCCCACCUGCCUCCCCCGGCACAGGCGGAGAGCUGCUUCCCUCUCCUCAUUCCCUGGAGGCGGCCACCCAGCAGCAGUAUUGGAGGGGCUGUAGGCAGCGGGAGGAAGGCGCCCAGCUGCUGACCCACUCACUCAGGACCUCACUCACUAGCCCCGCUUUGGCCCCCCCUCCUGUGACCUCAGGGUUUGGCCCACGGGCCCUCCCGGGCCCCACCUACUGACCCCCCAGGAACUCUGUCCAGAUAAUCACGUCUCCUGCCUCCUCGCCAGCUGCUUCUGAAUCAUGGAUGUGCCCAGGGCCCGCCCCCGGCUGCUGUGGGCCACCUGCCGCUGCCUGGCAGGAGCGUUGGUCAGGGGGUGGCGUCCCCUGCUCGCCCGACCUCUGGGGCUGGGCCCACCUCCCCUGUGUGUCAUCUCCUUCUUGCAGGCCUGGAGCCUGCUGGGCUGGCCGGAGGCUUGAGGUCUCCCCCAGCUGCGGCACCCACUCUGUCCCCGCUCUUGGGCCAAGGAGGCCGUGGGGGAGUAGCUGUCUGUCUUCUGUCUCCAUGUGGUUUUGGGUGUUUUUCUUGUUGUGUCCCAGAUUCCGAUAAAAUUAAAGAAAUCGCUUCCUCCA